AUGUCAGUCGCUGAUCCCAACACGCCUUCGGCCACAAGAGCCAGUAGCGAUGCGGAGGAGCUAUCCUACUACAAGUCCCAAUACGAGCAACUAGAGGUUGAGCUUGCCGAAUUUCAAGCCUCCAGUCGGGAACUGGAGGCUGAGUUGGAAAAGGACAUCGAGGCAUCUGAGAAGCGAGAGCGACAUCUGAAGGGCAAAGUUGAAACACUAUCAUAUGAAGUGGAGGAAUGGAAGACCAAAUACAAGCAAGCCAAAGCUGAGUCCAGCUCGGUUCAAAACACUCUGCAGAAGGAAAUCACCAGCCUGCGGGAGGGAAACAGAGCGCUACAACUGAAGCUACGAGAUAUUGAAGUCGCAAACGAUGACUUUGAGCGUCAGGCUCGCAACACAACCUCGUCCCUGGAGGACCUGGAAUCUAAAUACAACAUUGCGAUCGAGCGAGCAGUCCUCUUGGACGACGAAAUCAAGAACGGAGAACAAGAGCGAGAAUCGCUGCGCAUUGAGUCCCAGCGUCUGCGCGACGAACUUUCAGAUCUAAAGAUCGAGGCCGACAUCAUCAACGACAAAUUGCGCAAAGCCGAGAACGAACUGAACCGCCGACGCAAGCCCACCUUGUUUGAUUCGUCUGCUGCAAUUGGCAUUCAAGAUAUCGAACCUGGUCAACACUCACCUGUAACCACCGCAUCGUCUCCAACCAUGACUACUCCUCCCGCAAAGUCCGUGUCGUCCGCAACGUCCGAUGCCAUCACACCUCCUUCGCCAACCGCUUCGGAGUCUUCGAUCAGUGUACGCAAACAAGGAGCCGAAGGUGGCUUCACCGGCACACGAGUCUCACUUGGAAAGGCAGCUCCUCGCUCAGCUUAUGCUAGACACACUCGCACGCCAUCUAUUCCACAAGCUAAUGGUUACUCUACUCCAUCCAUGUCAUUCCGUCAGAGUACUUCAAGGCUCAGCUCAUCCGGUAUUCCUCGCUCGGGUUCAUUGUACCAAAUUCGCGGCUUGAUUGGAAAGAUGCAGAAACUCGAGGAGCGAGUGCACUCUGCUCGUUCUCGAUUACCUGCCCCAGUGGAGACACCUACCGGUAUGUCGCCUCGAACACCAUCCGCUGCUGGCCAGAGUUCGAUACCGUCAUCAAUCACACUCCGCAAAAGUUCUCGAAAGCGAACAAGUACAGGCAGUGCAAGUUCAUCUGUGCGAGAUGGAGAAACAAGCGGUUACCCCUCGUCAUUCCUUCCACAAAGUCGCCAGUCAUAUGGACGUUCAAAUGAUAGUCGACCAAGCAGUCGAACCAGCUUUUCAAGCCGUAGCUCAAUUGGACCGGGAAAUUACACUACUUCUGUCGCGCCAUCGCGACCAGACAGCAGACAAAGUGUAAACAGAGCUCGAACACCACUCGGCCACUAUUCGACCAAUCCAACAACGGAGAGUCGUCGUCCACGGUCUUCGAUGAGCUCAUACUCUCAUCACGGACCUGCCAAGGGUAUGACUUUUAUCGAAGAGGACGUUGAUAUUACAACGCCCACCCCACGUCGAGGUACACUUGAGCAAGGGUCUUUCCGUUCGUCAAUUCCUGCACCUGGGAGUUUGAAAAAGCGACCUAGUGGCAGCAUCGGACAAAAGACGACAGCUUUACCUACGCCACGACGAGUGACCUCCAAGAUUGAUGUACAGAAACAUACACCGAAAUCCAGCGAAGAGGCUCCUUUGAAACUGGAAGAUCUCGGCGAGACUUACUAA